AUGGUGUCUGCUUCCAAGGCUGCCCGUGACGCCAAGCGCGUUGCUGAUGGCAAGGCCCCCAAGAAGUCGCUCAAGGAGCGCAAGGCCGAGAAGGAAGCUGCCAAGUCCGGCGCCCCCUCCGAGAACGUGUCGGGCGACGAGGGCGUCGACGAGACCCAGAAGAAGAUUGAGCAUCUCAGCCUGCAGAAGGACGACGAAGGCAUCUCCGAUCGUGUCACCACCGGUGUGCUCGCUUCGCUCGAGGCCAGCCGCGACGUCAAGAUCACCUCUGCGUCGCUGGUCUUCCACGGCAAGGUGCUCUUCAACGACACCACCAUCGAGGUCAACUACGGCCGUCGCUAUGGUCUGCUUGGUGAGAACGGCUGCGGAAAGUCCACCCUGCUGAGGUCCAUCGCUGCCCGCGAGUACCCCUUCCCCGACCACAUCGACAUCUACCUGCUCAACGAGGGUGCUCCCAAGACCGACACCGGUGCUCUCGACUGGGUCGUCGGCGAGGCUCAGGCCGCCCUGGCCCGCAUGGAGAAGCAGGCCGAGGAGAUCCUCGAGGAGAAGGGUCCCGACGACCCCCUUCUUGAGGAGCUGUACGAGCGUAUGGAUGAUAUGGACCCGAGCACCUUCUCGACCCGCGCUUCCCUGAUUUUGACUGGUCUCGGCUUCAACAAGCACACCAUCCACAAGAAGACCAAGGACAUGUCUGGUGGCUGGAGAAUGCGUGUCGCUCUGGGCAAGGCCCUCUUCGUCAAGCCCUCGCUGCUGUUGCUCGACGACCCUACUGCCCAUUUGGAUCUCGAGGCCUGCGUGUGGCUGGAGGAGUACCUCAAGAAGUGGGACCGUACGCUUAUCCUCGUCUCUCACUCCAUGGAUUUCUUGAACGGUGUCUGCACCAACAUGAUCGACAUGCGCAUGAAGACUCUCCAGUACUACGGUGGUAACUACGAUUCGUACAUCAAGACCAGGACCGAGAACGAGACCAACCAGCAGAAGGCCUAUGAGAAGCAGCAGGAGGAAAUCAAGCACAUCAAGAAGUUCAUUGCUUCCGCUGGUACCUAUGCCAACUUGGUCAGGCAGGCCAAGUCCAGGCAGAAGAUCCUCGACAAGAUGGAGGCCGACGGUUUCAUUCAGCCCGUCGUUGAGGACCGUGUCUUCACCUUCCGCUUCGCCGAUGUUGAGAAGCUUCCUCCGCCCGUCCUUUCGCUCGACGACGUCACCUUCUCCUACUCCGGCAACGCUGAGGACAACCUUUACGAGAACCUCGACUUCGGUGUGGACAUGGACUCGCGUACUGCUUUGGUCGGUCCUAACGGUGUCGGCAAGUCUACUCUGCUCCGCAUCUUCACCGGCGCGCUGUCUCCUACCAGCGGUUCCGUGUCCCGUCACACUCACUUGAAGCUCGGCAUGUACAGCCAGCACUCGGCUGAGCAGCUCGUACUCACCAAGUCCGCCCUCGACUUCGUCCGUGACAAGUUCAGCCACGUCUCCCAGGACUACCAGUACUGGAGACAGCAGCUGGGCCGCUACGGUCUGACCGGUGAGGCCCAGACUGCCCUCAUGGGCACUCUUUCUGAGGGUCAGAAGAGCAGAAUCGUCUUCGCUCUGCUUGCCAUCGAGGGUCCCAACAUGCUUCUGCUGGACGAGCCUACCAACGGUCUCGAUAUCCCCACCAUCGACAGUUUGGCAGAUGCUAUCAACGCCUUCAGCGGUGGUGUCGUCGUCGUUUCUCACGAUUUCAGGCUGCUCGACAAGAUUGCCAAGGACAUCAUGGUCUGCGAGAACAAGACUGUCCACAAGUGGAACGGAUCCAUUGGCGAGUACAAGAACCACCUCAGGAAGAAGAUGGUUUCGGCUGGUGCCGUCUAA